GCAUCGUUGAAUGAUUCAAUUUAGCAUGCAUGAGAGAGAGAGAGAGAGAGAGAGAGAGAGAGAGAGAAGUAGUGCUGCCUUCAACUGUAUAAAUACCCAUGACAUGCCUUCCUCCAGAGAGCAUCAAACAUACUAACUAACCAGUAAAGCUUUUAGACAUCUGAUUCUACUAGUUCUCUUGCUCAAACCCCGAAUACAUUUCGAUCUCUGUCAUCAUAAUGGGAAGUAUCCCACACGACAAUUUUGCAGUUGCAAGCCCAAAAUCUCCCCUUCAAGCUCCCACCUACGGGAACUUAAUCACUGUUCUCAGCAUUGAUGGAGGUGGAAUUAGGGGGCUUAUCCCCGGAACUAUUCUUGCCUUUUUAGAGUCUCAGCUUCAGAAGCUGGAUGGUGAGGAAGCAAGACUGGCAGACUAUUUUGAUGUCAUAACUGGGACUAGUACGGGUGGCCUUGUCACUGCCAUGCUGACGACCCCAGAUCCCAAUAACGGAAAUCGCCCCCUUUUCGCUGCCAAAGAUAUCAAUGAUUUCUAUCUUGAACACUGCCCAAAAAUCUUCCCCCAAGAUUGCACCCCAUUUGCCCCAGCUACAAAUUUGGUGAAAUCACUAACUGGUCCCAAGUAUGAUGGCCAAUAUCUGCACAAGAUUGUUAGAGAGAAGUUGGGAGAAACCCGAUUGCACCAAACACUGACAAAUGUUGUCAUCCCCACGUUUGACAUCAAACAACUCCAGCCAAAAAUCUUCUCCUCCUAUGAGGUAAAGAACAACCCUUGCAAAAAUGCUUUGCUCUCCGAUAUAUGCAUAGGAACGUCUGCCGCGCCAACUUAUCUUCCAGCCCACCAGUUUGAGACCAAGGAUUCCACUGGCAAAGUUCAAGAAUUCCAUCUUAUUGAUGGUGGAGUUGCUGCUAAUAAUCCCACCUUAAUAGCCAUCAAUGAAGUGAGCAAAGAGAUCACUCGCGGGAGCCCUGAUUUCUUCCCUAUAAAGCCAAACGACUAUGCUCGCUUCCAAGUUUUAUCCUUGGGUACCGGUUCCCAGAAAUGUGAAGAGAAGUACCCUGCUCACAUGGCAGCAAAAUGGGGUCUCUUGGGAUGGUUGACCUGCGAGCACUCCACUCCCCUCAUUGAUGUCUUCAUGCAAGCAAGCAGUGAUAUGGUGGACUUUCACAAUGCUACUGUUUUCAAAGCACUUAAAUCUGAAAAUAGUUAUCUCCGUAUUCAGGAUGAUACAUUGAGUGGGACAGUGGCAUCUGUGGAUAUCGCUACAAAAGAAAACUUGGAGAAUCUUGUAAAAGUUGGGAAAAAUCUGCUGAAAAAACCAGUUUCCAGGGUGAACGUGGAGAAUGGUAAAUUUGAGCCUUCCAAUCAGGGUACAAAUGAGGAGGCGCUCAUCAGAUUAGCGCAAGUGCUAUCUAAGGAAAAACGGCUUCGUGACAUGACAUCACCUCUUGGAAAGCACCAGCUUGUAGGGCAUAGAACAGCUGAUCCAUCUUCUUAAUUUCUUAGGAAUUUCAGAAAUUUAAUUUAAUUAGCUGUUAACUACCCCUAAUUAGCCUUGAAUUAUUUUAUUAUUUGAUUUCAGAAAUUCAUAUAUAUGUAGCAUGUUUUGCCUUCUUUUCUUAAAAAAAAAAAAUUUAGUGUGCGUAGCUAAUGUAUUAAUUACAGCCGUCAAUUUGUAAUCGAUUAAUUAUUUCUUCUUCUUUGUUUAAA